AUGGACUCGUUGAAGAAUCGUCUCACUCAAAUGGCUAUCGGUGCCGCUGAGAAAUUCACCCCAAUCCUCAAGGAGAGUAAAUUUCGUGAAACCGGUGUGCUAACUCCAGAAGAAUUCAUCGUAGCUGGAGAUCAUCUCGUUCACCAUUGCGCCACAUGGCAAUGGGCAAAAGCGGACGCAUCGAAGAAACGCGAUUAUCUUCCAGAUGAGAAACAAUUUCUGAUCACACGAAAUGUCCCUUGCCGAAAGAGAUGCCGACAAAUGGAGUACGAUCCACAACAAGAAAAAGUGUUAACAUCACAAGAGAUCGGUGCCGAAGAAGGUUUUGCUGGUGAUGAGGACAGUGGAUGGGUUGAUACACAUCACUAUAAUCAGGAAUCGAAUGCAGCACUGGAAUUGGAUAAAGAUGUGAAAGAAGAGGAUGAUGAUGAGGAGGUGGAUUUGGAUAAUUUGGUGGAAAGUGGAGGGUUAGAGGAUGCGGACACGAAUCGUUUUGUAGCGAAGAGGGAAAUAAUGGGAUCGGCUGAGGUGGAACAUCCAAGGACUUACGAUUUACACAUUACAUACGAUAAGUACUAUCAGGUUCCAAGAUUGUGGCUAGGCGGAUACAAUGAGAAUCGUCGCCCAUUGACAACUGAUGAGAUGAAUGAGGAUUUCUCGGCAGAUCAUGCGAAUAAGACGAUCACUAUUGAGACUCAUCCACAUAUUGAUGGACCACCAAUGGCCUCGAUUCACCCUUGCAGACAUGCUGAGACGAUGAAGCGAUUGAUUGACCAGUUAACUGAAAAUGGAAAAGAUUUAGGUGUUCAUCAAUAUAUGCUUGUUUUCUUGAAAUUUGUUCAAGCUGUCAUUCCAACUAUUGACUAUGAUUACACGAAAAGCAUCCAAUUG